GAAAUUUUAAUACGGGGCAAUUUUUUUUGUUACUGGCAGAGAGGGGAGGGGACGAUAGCUGCGCUCGCGCUGCGAAUGGAGGCGCUGGCUCUCGCAUCAUCCACAUCGCCGCUGUGGAUCUUCUCCAUUUCCUCCUCGUCCUCGCCGCUGGCUAUGCCGUUGUGGAGGAGCGCGCCGCCGAUGUUGCUGCUGCCGUUGCUGGACGGGUUCUUUGGCGCCAGGAGCGCGGCGAUUAGGUCAAGCGGGCGUGCGUGAGGGAGGAUUCGCGCAAUGCACAAGAGGUACACACAGAUGGGCCGGGAGCAAAUGCUGCUGCCCAAUUUAUUAUAGUUACCACAGGGGGAAAGAGAGGAAGAGAUUGUAGUUUAUCAUAGGCUAUAGUUCCUUGAUUUUUUCUUCAUUCUGGUAGAGGAUUCUGGUAGAGGCAGCGGCGGGGUUAAUCCGGGCUAUAGUUUCUAAUGGGUUAGGCCUGGGAAGAAAGAAAAAAAAACAAAGAGACAAGGGGAGAUAGCGAGAAAAACUGGGUGUUAGAUGAUGGAGAUAGGAGCAUGCAGGAGGUGCACGGGAGCAUUGUGACACCAACACUGGUUUUGUCGCUGCUGGAUUUGGAUCCGAGCAGCAAGAACAGGUUGGAGGGGUGGCACUCUCCCGAGAGGCCCGACGAAGACGACGAGCUCGACUCACACGAAGACGAAGAAGAAGAAGAAGAAGAAGAAGAAGUGGACGAAGGAUUGGGAGUUUUGGUAGCGAACACAAAGUGUGUGCUCGCUGGCUUCCAAAAGGAGACGUGGGUGCUCCCACUUGCUGGGCUCUUGUUGCUGCUGGGGUGCCGGGGACGAGACGACACCCAUCGCUACGAGCUCCAGCAAUCCGUCGUCCGCCAAGGUGGAAAAUCCCGCGGGCCGUGGAGGUGGCGGCGGUGGCGGCAGCAGCAGCAGCAGCAGCAGCAGGACGGGGGAGUCGCCUAUGCCGCCGUCGGCGCAGCCAUCGUCCAUGCCACCUCCGAUUCCAGUUCCAGCGUUCCUCAGCAGCGACGAGCCCGUGCACCCGACCAAUGGCGAGCGGAACUCGUCGGCGGCGUCGUCCGAGAGUGGGAAGAGUGCUGGCGGGGACGCUGCCGGAGGAGGAGGAGAAGGCGAAGUGAAGAAGGAGGUGGCGCGGCUGCCCGAAGUGAAACCGGGGCCGGGAGGAAUCCGGAGGAAGAGAUCAGGUGUUUUGGCCAAGAGGAAGAUUACGUGGGUGGAUGAUCACGGAGUGGACAUAGCUCAAAUCAAGGAGUUCGAGCCCAGUGCAGUGACUCCGAGGACUCCGAUGAAGAGGGCGAUGACGAAUCCCCCCAGUCGUGCUCCUGCGUUAUACAAUAGCAUCGAAUUUUCGCUGGAGCGAUUGACACCAAGAACAAGAGAGCUAAACCUUGUUUCUGGGACUGGAAGAGGAACAAGAGGAUCAAAGCCACCGGGACGGUCGCUCUGUAUAUUGGCUGUAUUUCUACUGGCGCACCCGUCCGGGCUCACUACUUAGCAUUGUCUUCGCAUUCCUCAAAACGCUGAGAAAUUUUUUUGUACGGUCUUGUAAUGUUCGUACGGUACCUUGCAAACCCUAAAACAUCAAAUUUAAA